AUGGAUAUUGUCUACCACAAUGGCACGAACGGAUCAAGUCCUUAUGUGGACUUUUAUCCUUAUACACCCUCCGCAACAGCGGGAUACGCUUUCAUGGGGUUAUUCGGCGUGCUUACUGUCAUCCACUUUGUGACAAUGUUUCCAUUUCGCGCUGCCUAUUUUAUUCCCCUGAUCCUAGGUGGUGUUUGCGAGACAUUCGGCUACUACGGUCGAGCAUGGUCUCAUCAGUCCCGAAUCGAGAUCAAAUCGUGGGCUUUACAAGAGAUGCUCAUUCUGUGUGCGCCCCUCAUGGUCGCAGCCACCGUAUACAUGACUCUAGGGCGGCUGAUCCGUUCGUUCGACGCAGAGCAUCUAUCGAGCAUGCGGACCAAAUACCUCACACUUGUAUUCGUGCUCAAUGACAUUCUCUGCUUCUGUACACAGAUCGGCGGUGCAGGUGUACAAGUCACUGGUAAUGCGCAAGUCAUGAAUGUUGGCAAGAAAGUUGUCCUAGCGGGAUUGAUUUUCUCGCUAGUUAUCUUCGCCUUGUUCAUAUGGAUUUCUUUCAAAUUCCAGAGAAAGCUGCAAAACCAGCCUACACCCGUCGUGGCCCAGAAUCCGGAGCUCAAAUGGCGCAAAUAUAUGUCUGCGCUGUAUAUCGCGUGCUUUGCGUUGAUGCUGCGCAACCUCGUGCGGACUAUUCAGUUUGCUUCGCCACGCACUUCGACUAUAAAUACCAAGGAGGCAUUUAUUUAUGUGUUUGAUGCGUUCUUGAUGUUGCUGACUUUGCUGGUUUUGCUUUUCCAUCAUCCGGGGUUGCUCAUCAAGAGAAUGCGUCGUCUUGUUAAAGUGGACCAAAGCUAUGGACUUGUGACUCCCGUUCCCUAUUAG